AUGAGGAUAUUUUCUAGGAGGAGGGCCAAGUGGCUCCUUCUCUUCCUCUUUAUUGUUUGGAUAGUGGUUUUCUCCAUCAGGACCAUUGUACAAUUUCAGAUAAAUGAAGAAAUUAACUACUAUAGGAGGUACUUCAAAGAGAAGAAGGAUGGGCUUCAAGGCGUGUACAAUCCUCUUGAUAUUAAACAAAUUCCAGUGGAUGUCAUUGAUGCCCUCUAUGCGCGUAAAUUGGAGCGGGUCGAGAAGGAUACGGACAAGCCAAUCGAUUGGAGCAAGUAUGCGUACGUGAGCUAUGUGGCACAUCCGGAAUAUCUGUGCAACACGCUGAUUAUGUUUAACGCUUUGAAGAAUAAGUAUCCAACGAAGGCGAAACUGGUUCUAUUACUUUACGACAAUGGUUUGGAGCAUGAAGAACAGUAUCUUGAGGAAAGAGAGAAACUUGUCGCGCGUAUCCAGGAGAUCGAUAAAGACCAAGUGGUUAUCAAGUACGUGGAACGGUUGACGAAGCCUAACGAUUAUACACAGUGGGCGACGAGUCUGACGAAGUUGCACGUUUUCAAUCAAACGGAGUUUGAGCGAGUCGUGUAUUUGGACAACGAUGCUCUUUUGAAGGGUAACAUGGAUGAGUUGUUCUUCCUGCCACCAUACAUUGCGUUUGCGUCCCCACUUUCGUACUGGCAUCUGAGGGGCAAGGACAUGAAACAUGCAUACGAUGAGGUCAAACACGAGGGCCACCCAACUAACGUCCAAAGUUACACGAGAAAGUUGCUCACGAGGAUCAAGAAAGACAAGAUGAUUUAUAACCAUUUGCCCAGUUUGCCCUACAGCUUGUUUUUGGACACGGAAAACGUAGCGAAGGAUAUCAUCGAUUCCUCGUCGAACUUUCAUUUCAUCAAGUGGCUAACGGGCCAUAAGUCCAGCGAAUUGAAGUUUGCAACAGACCUAAUGGUCAUCAAACCUUCAACGGAAAUGUUCCAGUACAUCACAGACUACGUUCUCCCCACGGCAAUGCCUACAAACUCAGCAUACGACAUGGACGUCCUCAAUGAGGAGAUUUACAACUUGAAGAGGACGAUUUUUGAGCAGUUUGAUCUGUUCAGAAGACUUAAGUCGAUGUUUGUCCCCGAGUUGCUGGUGUUGCCCUUCUCACGGUAUGGACUCGUCAGCGGGACGAUCAAGGAACAAGAGUAUUACCCGAUUAUGGAGAACGGAAUCCUGGGAUACAAAGACAUCGACGAGGCCGGUAACGCGGUGACCAAGGACGUUGCCGACUGUGUUGCCGAGGCUAAAUAUAUCCACUACUCGGACUACCCGAUGGGCAAACCUUGGAUGUACAAAGAAUUUGCACAGUUCAUGUGCUACGUUCCUGACAAAGUGAAGGAGGAGCAGGCAAAACCGCUCCAACAGAUCUGUGACGUGUGGAAUUCCGUCUAUAUUCCAUUCUUCGAGGACAGGAACAUGUGUAACUGA